CAGGGGGCGCGUGCGCCAGCCACCCGGACAGAGCUGCCGCCAGCUCGGCCGCCGGAGCUGGCUCCAGGAGGGCCCCACUGGCCGGCGAGACGCUGCCUGGGCGCCCCAUGUCCGCCAGCGCGUCCUCCAGCACCAUCCCUGCAAGACGUUUUGCGUCCAGUACCUCCGCCGGGGCGAGCGCAACGCCAGCGAGCCGCAGGCGCCCCCAGGACUCGGCGAGCGCGACGCGCUCCAGCCUGCUGGCGUCGCUGGCAUCGGCGGGCUCAUGCCGCUCAACCUUCCUGGCGGCCUCACUGGCGAGCCGAGGAGGCGUGGCGCCCGCGAACGCGCACCUGCUGCACCGGGCCGCGCCGACGCCAGGGAGGGUGGCCAGGCCCGGGGGCGCAGUGGCGGCGGCCUGCGACUCGCUGCGGAGGAGGCACUCCGUGAGCGGGCCCUUCCAAGACGAGCCGCGGACGAUAGACGUCGUCGCGGUGUUCGCCCCGAGGAGGGCCGUGGCCGAAUGCCGAGACCUCCGGGCCGCGCCGGUGCGCGGGCUCCCCGCGGAGCCGCCGGGGCCAGGACCCGCCCGCUGUCGGCGUCUCUCCCGCUGCCGACGACCCAGAGUCUGGCCCGGAGGGCCGCGGCGGCGACAGCCGAGAGGGGCGCCGAUGUGGAGGCGCAGAUCCCCUUGGGCGGCACGACGCCGCUGGCGCCCUCCUGCAAACAGGCCGCAGUGGCGGCCGCGCCGCCUGCGGCAGCGCGGCCCAGCAGGGCGCGCUCUGGCGCCGCGGGCGCGGACGCUGUGGCCGCGGGGCUGGGGAGGGCCGCCGAGUCGCCGGCGAAGGGCACCGACGAGCUCGCGGUGCCGAGGAUGGGCGGCCGCGCCGAGCCUGCUGCCCUGAGGCAGCCGUCGCACUCGCCCUGCCGGCUGGCCUCCGCGGACGUGGCGCUGGGGCGCCUGCUGCGCCAGCUGCAGGCGCGCAGCGACAGGUCGCCGACGCCCGCCGAGG